UCUGUUGUUACCACGUUGUCCGCUGGAGGGGGCGGGAGUCUCUUCCCUAUACAAGCCGCCAGCAGCGGGACUCCCGCAACCGCCGGGCUGCCCGGCACACAUGUCCCGCUUACCUAUCCAGUUCCACACCGAGGGAGAGUCUCCCUCCCCGUGGCUGAGUUUAGAGAACGGCAUGGAGAAUGAGGAGGAGGGGGAAGAGGAGGAGGAUGAUCUGGACGAUGAGGUGGACGCUUCUCAGCUGGAGAGGUUUAUGAAAGACAGAAGGAGAGCCAAGUCCCUGCCCGCCUACCCGGCGGCGCUCCUGGUCGGCGUCGGCGGAAGUGAUGGGAGGAAGCGGGUGAAGUUUGCCGACUCCAUGGGCCUGAACUUGGCCAGCGUCAAGCACUUCAGCUCGCUGGAGGAGCCACAGAUUCCGAGUAAAGUUCUGUCCCGACACAAGAGCUUCCCGCCGCAGCAGCAGGAUGUACUGAACGACCUGUGCCAGAGCUUCAAGUCCAGCCUGAACACGGACCGCCUGGUCGCCUGCUUUCCGGAGCCCCAGAAGGCGGAGCGGAGAGUCCAGCGGCUCCGCGUCUGCCUGGAGAAGAUCACCAUCACACAGUUCGACGUGCGGGGCCAGAUCCGGGUCUUUACCGGCUGCGCCGACAAAGACGUCGGAGUGAGGUACACUUUCAACGACUGGCUCUCCUACGUGGACGCACAGGCUCUGCCCGCGGCCGCGGAUCAGCCGGACUUUGUAGGAGAGCGCUUCAGCUUCACCGUGUACACGCCGCCCUUUAUGGACCCCAGUUCGGCCGUGCACUUCGCCGUGUACCUGAGGAGCGAGGAGGGGGAGUUCUGGGACAACAACGAGGGAAAGAACUACACUCUCCAGUACCACUGUAUGCCUAGCACCGCGCCGUUUGUCAGCGCAGCUUUCCACCCCAUCUGACCGGUGCGCGUGUCGCGCGGAAAACCUUUAAAUCUGUGCGUAAAACCUAUAAUCAGUGCGUAAAAGCUCUCCAUCUAACCCGUCAGAUGAAACCCUUUGCUGCUGUUUUCCACCUGCUGAAUAGGAACACCAUCUGUGCAGUUCUGUGUCAUAUGAUGAAUCUUUCUGUGAUCAGAAUUAAGCAGCCUCAUCAGCACUCAGUAUUGUGAAGGACCACAUAGCGGACAUUUCUGGAUAUGAUUGUGUAUGAACUUGGAUCGAUGGAUUGUCCUUAAGGACAUAAAAAAACAAAGAACUGAUUAUUUGCUCCCACUUUAAAGAAAACAGUUGGUGCCACACCAGUGUCAAGAACCUCCUGGACGUUUUAGACCUUUGGACAUAAGCGUCUCUGUCUCAGCGCAGCUCUUGGACUCCAUCUGUUGAUCAGAAAAAGGAUUUGGAAACAAUUUUAAAGUUAAAAUAUACAUAUAUAUAUAUGUGUAUAUAUAUAUAUAUAUAUAUAUACAUAUAUACAUAUCUGUGCUUGUGCCUGUAGACAUGUUCAUUUCUAUAAUUAAUUAAAUAAUUAAUUCAUAAGCUGUUUUGCUGACUCUGUGUCCUCUUGUUCAUUUCUGUAAUUAAAGGUAGAGGUAUAAUUCA